UCAGGCUGCAGAAGAAAAGCACCUCCAUGUCCCUGACGAUCCGCUCGGCGUCGCCCCAGACGCCCGCGGUCCUGCCUCACCGCUCCACGCUGGUGCAGUCCUUGUCGCAGCCUCUCCAGCGGACACAGAGCCCCAUGUUGUCGUUGAGCGCCGUCGACCUGCCCGUGUUCACCAAAGUGUUGCAGGAUGCCCAGGCGUCCGAGGGUCAAGUGGUGGUCCUGGAGUGCAGGGUCCGUGGAGGCCCCCCUCUGCAGGUCAGAUGGUUCCGCCAAAGUGAGGAGAUCCUGGACUCGCCAGAUUUCCGAAUACUCCAGAAAAAGCCUCGAUCUGCAGCGGAGCCAGAGGAGAUCUGCACCCUGGUGAUUGCAGAGGCCUUUCCAGAAGACGGAGGUCUGUUCUGCUGCACCGCCUCCAACCCGUAUGGUUCUGUUCAGACCAAAGCCCGGCUCACCGUCACUGCAGGACCCAACAAGUCAUCCAGUAACGGUUUAUCUGGAGAUAGCUCCGAGUUUGAGGACGCAGCAGCCUUCCCUCCGCCGCCUCCGUCCACAGAAAUCAGCCUCUUGGAGCUGCCACCCAAGAUGUUUCCACAGCCCUCCACUGAGCCUUUUCAUGUCAAGGAAGUGGAGCUGUGGCCUGCUGGUUCUGGUACACCUUUGGCUUCGCACAAGACUGGUUUCAUGUCGAAUGGACGACUCCCGAUGCAACCGUCUCCGCCUGCAGAGACCACACCUCCUCCGCCUGCAGAGACCACACCUACUCCACCUCCACCUUCUCCUUUACUCCCACUCCAAAGCUCGCCUUCCACCCCUAAAAAUCUGUCUCCGGUCCCUGGGAGAGAGGGCGGUCCUCUUCCGACAAAGCCCAAACCAAAGCUAAACGCAUCUCAGCUGAAGCAGCUUCAGGAGCAGAUUGUUCUGGAGCAGCAGGAAGCAGCCAUCUGGCAUCAGCAGCAGGAAGUCUGGCCUGGGCCACAGGAAGUCAUCCAAAGCCAUUCCCCGUCACCCCCUCUUCCCCCUCCUCCCUCCUUCCAAGAACUGGAGAGCAGCACAGCCAUGCAGGCCAGCACCUUCAACUACGCCCGGCCCAAACAGUUCAUUGCCGCCCAGAGCCCCGCGGGGGGCGGCGGCGGCGGCUUUUCCACCCAGUCUGCGGGCUCCUCCCCGCUGCCCCAGCCCACCUCGCAUACACCCUUCAACAAGAUCUCCGUGUCAGCGUUCUCUAAGGCGGCCAGCGCAGACGUGCCGAGCUCGCCUUCCUUCCCACCCCCGCCCCCACCCGACUUUGAUUCGGGCGACCUGUCGUCCCCAGUGGGCGGCGCCGAUGACUUGCCUCCUCCCCCGCCGCCUCCUCCCCUGCCCGUGUCCCCCGCUUUCUCUGACGUGUCCUCGCCAUUCUCCUCCGUCCCUCCAUCUCCCGCCUCCGGCUUCCUGUCCUCUCUGUUGCCGGCCACGCCCCCUACGCCCAGGGGCCCCGCGGUCAACGCGCUGGGCCUCCCCAAAGGCAACGGCACUGUCAAAGCCUUCCCCAAGAAGUCGCCCGCCUCCCACACGCCUCGGCUCACCUCCAACUUGGACAUCCAGGGCUCCAAGGACGCCGUCAUCCAGGACUUGGAGAGGAAGCUGCGCUUUAAGGAGGAGCGCAUGAGCAACGGGCAACAGAGGCUAACCUAUGAGGAGAAGAUGGCUCGCAGGCUGUUGGGAGUCGACAACGCUGCCACACUGUUGAAGGCCCAGGACGCCCAGGAGGAGCCUGUCACUCAGGAAUACAAAGUGUCCAGUUUCGAGCAGCGUCUCAUCAGCGAGAUCGAGUUCCGUCUGGAGCGUUCGCCGGUUGAAGAGUCAGACGACGAUGUUCAGCACGACCCCGACUCUGCAGACCAGGUGGGGGAGGGUCCCUCCUUCCAGCAGAAGCUGAAACACUACAAAGUCUUUGAGGGAAUGCCCGUCACCUUUACCUGCAAGAUUGAUGGAGAGCCCAAACCUAAGGUGUACUGGUUUAAAGACGGCAAGCAGAUCUCCAAGCGGAGUGAGCACUACCAGAUCAGCCGUGGCACCGAUGGCACGUGCGCGCUACACACUGCGGCGGCCUCACUGGAUGACGACGGCAAUUACACCAUCAUGGCGGGCAACCCGCAGGGCAGGGUGAGCUGUACGGGCAGGAUGAUGGUCCAAGCCGUGAACCAGCGAGGCCGCAGCCAGCGCUCCUCGCCGGGACAUAUGCGCAGGCCCAGGUCCAGAUCCAGAGACAGCGGCGACGAGAGCGAUAACAUCCAGGAGCGCCACUUCCGGCCGCACUUCCUGCAGGCGCCCGGCGACCUCAUCGUGCAGGAGGGCCGACUGUGUCGCAUGGACUGCAAGGUGAGCGGCUUGCCGACCCCUGACCUGGUGUGGAAGCUCAACGGACAGACCAUCCGCCCCGACUCCGCACACAAAAUGCUGGUGCGUGAAAAUGGUGUGCACUCGCUGGUCAUCGAACCUGUGACCAGUCGUGAUGCGGGCAUCUACACGUGCAUCGCCAGCAACCGCGCUGGACAAAACUCCUUCAACCUGGAGCUCAUCAUUGCAGCCAGAGAGAUGCAGAAAGUGCCAUCAUUUGUGGAGAAGCUGCAGAACACCAGUGUGGCGGAGGGCCACCCGGUGCGGCUGGAAUGUCGCGUCAUCGGCGUUCCUUCCCCGCAGAUCUUCUGGAAAAGGGAAAACGAGUCACUCACUCACAACACAGACAGAAUAAGCAUGCACCAGGACAACUGUGGCUACUUGUGCAUGAUCAUCCAGCCCGCCACCAAAGAGGACGCCGGCUGGUACACGGUGUCAGCCAAAAACGAGGCGGGAAUAGUGUCCAGCACCGCACGACUUGACGUGCACGCCCAGUGGCAGCAGCCCAACCUCCCCAAAGCAAAGAAGGUGCGCCCGGCCAGCAGCCGCUACGCCGCCCUGACCGAGAGAGGCCUGGAUGUGAAGGCUGCCUUCUUCCCUGACUGCAGUCCUCUGCCACCCGGGAGCCUGGUGGAGAGCGACGAGCUGUAGAGAAGGAUUGACAGAAAGACCUUCCUGCUUUGAGUGGGUGGAAAGUGUAAGUGUUCAAGUCGCAGGACUGGAAGGCGAGUCUUAUUGGAGAGGGUGACAGCUGUACAGGAAGUGGGUUUUUUUUAAUCACGAGUGAGAUGUGUUGGCUUUUUGCAGGUUCUACAAUGAUGGACUUUGAGGAGUGCUUGGGGGUCACACACACACACACACACACACACAAACACACACGUACAUCAAGAAAUGCCUAUUUUCUGUGUUGAAUGAAAAGGCUAAGAAGCCCUAGCUGACAUUGAAAUAUCACCAGUCUGUAUCAAACUAUAUUCAGUCACUCUUUAGGCCUUUCAAACCACAAGAACACACUUUGGACUUGGGCUGGAUGAUUCUUCCCAAUCAUCUGACAGCUCCUGUGUGUUACCACGCCAACCCGGGCCUGUGUACGGAUUGUUCUCCUUAUAUAGCGUUAUUAUUUUAGCUUGUGAAAAGUUCAAUAAAGAAUCUUCCCAAGA